CCUUUUUUUUCAAUUUCUUCUCUGCGAAGCUUUCCGGUAUCCAUUUUCUGCAAAUCGCCAUUUGCCGCUAGCUUCAACGGAAGAUAAAAAUGUCGAGUAAAAGGCAGUGUGAUGAUUUUUCGGCUGAAACGCCGAGAAAGAAGCCAUCUAGGGUUUUAAGAAUCCAAGUUGAUUCAGAUGAAGAAGUUGGUACUAAUGAAGGAAGAGUUUUUUAUUUUCGGGUUCUGUUGCCUAAUGGAAUAACUUUAGAGUUGCAAGUACCUGGACCACCUAGUGAAAUGCCUGUUGAGGAUUUUGUUAUUUUAGUGAGGCGAGAAUACCAAAAUCUUGGGCGAAGAACAGAGUCACCUAAGCCUAAAAGACAGAUUAAUUGGACUAGCAAGGAUUUGCAUUUUGUAGAUGCUUUUGAGAACAGGAUAACGAAGAUGUUGGAUUUCAGAAAGUUUAAAUCCAACAAGUCUCAUAUGAUAAGGCUCUGUGAUGGUUCAGCUGAAGCAGAUAAAUAUGAGAAUAUGUGGGACCUUACACCAGAUACUGAUUUGUUGAAGGAACUGCCUGAAGAGUAUACAUUUGAAACUGCACUGGCGGAUUUGAUCGAUAAUUCAUUGCAGGCAGUAUGGCCUAAGUCUACAGACCAGAGAAGAUUAAUAAGUCUAGAGCUAACUAAGAGCAGGAUUACAAUAUUUGACACAGGCCUUGGAAUGGAUGGAAGUGCUGAAAAUUCUAUAGUGAAAUGGGGAAAAAUGGGAGCUUCUCUUCAUAGAUUAUCGAGAGACAGAGGCAUAGGAGGAAAACCUCCAUACUUAACGCCUUACUUUGGUAUGUUUGGUUAUGGAGGGCCUAUUGCAUCUAUGCAUUUAGGACGACGAGCCUCAGUUUCGUCAAAGACAAAGGAGUGUAAGAAAGUAUUCGUGUUACAUCUUGAGAGAGAUUCUUUGCUCCGCUGUUCUUCGUCUCAACAAACUUGGAGGACUGAUGGAAAUGUUAGAGACCCCUUGGAAGAUGAACUAAGAUACUCAGUUGAUGGUAGCUUCACUAAAGUUGAAAUUUUUUAUCCAAAGAUGAGAAGCGAAAGCGUACAGAAACUACAAUACAAACUGAAAGAUAUAUACUUCCCGUAUAUACAGUGUGAUGAAGUAUCAAAAACAGGAAAAACUGUGAUGCCUAUUGAGUUUCAGGUCAAUGGCACUAAUUUAGCGGAAAUUGAAGGUGGAGAGGUGGCAACCACAAACUUACUGUCCUGCAAUGGUCCAGAGUUUGUAAUGCAACUUAGCUUUCACGUAAAGGAUAGCAAUAGUUUGAAAAUUGGUUCAGGAACAAAAUCUUCCUUCGAAGGACAUGCUCGCCUGAGGUGUGUUUAUUUUCCAAUGGUGCAGGGUAAAGAGAGUAUUGAGGUGAUAUUGGAAAAGCUAGAGGCAGAUGGGUAUGGAAUUACCGAGAAUUUUGAAACUUUCAGCCAUGUUUCUGUCCGUCGGUUGGGUCGUCUACUUCCAGAUGCUCGUUGGUCUUGGCUUCCCUUUAUGGAACCAAAGCUAAGAAAAAGUGAUAGGGCUGAAGUCCUGAAGAGAUGCUGCUUUAGAGUAAAAUGCUUCAUAGAAACCGAUGCUGGUUUCAACCCGACACCGUCAAAGACUGACUUAGCACAUCACCAUCCUUGCACCAUUGCAUUAAGGAACUUUGGCAACAAGCCUUCAGAUAAAGAGAAUGAUGUUCUCAUUGAGAUAUCCAAAGAUGGGAAGAAGUUGUCUCUCUUGCAAUUGGAGAAGUUAUAUCAGGACUGGCUGCUUCAGAUGCAUGAUCGCUAUGACGAGGAGAUUGACUGUGGAGAGGAUCAACCUACUUUUGUAAUUGGCCCUUCACACAAGAAAGAGCUUGGCGUUUCUGCAGAUGUUCUGAGAAUUCACAAGGCUUUUCAGAGGAAAGGCAUAACUUGGAAAGCAGGGCAAAAGAUUAAAAUUUUGAAGGGAGCUUGUAGGGGUUUCCAUAAGAACAACAUUUUCGCCACGUUGGAAUUUAUUAUCCUUGAAGGAUGGCAGGGGGACUCGGGUGGUAAGUUUUAUAUGGUUCAUGAAGCAUGCCCUUUUGUAUGCUUAAUCCUGUGGGUUGGGGAGGCUCGAAUCAUCUGCAGGUUUGCAAUUCACUCCUUAUAUUUCAUACCUGAUACCACUACUUUUCAUGGUGUGUUUCCCUCCUUCAACCAGUGUUACCUUAAAAAUUGUCUUUACCAUGUCAUUUACAGGCCAUUACAUGUCCCUGCUGAGAGUGGUUGUCGCCUCACAUUUGAUGAAGGAUGUGCUUGCUUUGAAAUCCGUGAUUCAAAAUCUUUUCCGAUUAGUGUGAUUGACGCUGGAAAGUGCUUAGCUGUUGAUAAUACAGAAUGGGAGAACCAAAUUUUGAAACACCAAGAGAAAACCACUCCAUCAUCAAUUGAUAUAUUGGACGCCGAGCAAUGUCAGGAAUUGGACAUUAAGGGGGCGCUACCUCAGGAUGUUGAUGCUGGACAUGAACCUCCAGAGGAGAUUACUGCAGUUGUUCGUCCAGCUUCUUUUAGUUCUGUUACUGCAUACAAAAAUCUGGAUCAGAAAUACAUCAUGAAAGAAAAUUUUGAGAUGACUCUAGAGAUAAAAUUUAAAGCAGAUGAGAAUGAGAAAGAACGACAUAUUUACUCUGGGCAAUUGAAUCCUUCAUCGCUUAAAGGAUUUCAUGGUUUAUAUAUUUUCCCCCUGAAGAAGAAGUCACCAAAUCUUUUUCAGAAAGCAGGCAUUUAUCUAUUUCGAUUUUCUCUUAUAGAAAGUCGUACAAUUUCUGUAAAAGAAGUGCGCGUGAAAGCAUUGCCUGAGGCUGCUAGUUGGGAACUUGUAAGUGAUGGGAAGAGUACACACAGUGUAAGGGUUGGUUCUUGUUUUCCAGAGGUUUUCAGUGUUGCUUGUUGUGAUAGAUUCUGCAAUCGUAUACCAUUCAAGUCGCAGACAGAGAUAGAGAUGAAGUUAUGUUCUGGCGGCAGAGCUAUUUCAUCCGAAUGCAGUUAUGACCAAUGUAUUACACAUGACAGAUAUACCAUGAAGUUUAAGAAUGUAACCAUUGAAAGUAGUGAAUUGGAUAUGAUUCGACCAAGUUAUAAAGCUACAUUACAUAUAAAUUCAAAGGAGGAUCCAUUUUUUGUAGCUAUUCCAUGUGCAGUUAUUCCAGGACCAUUGCAACGUAUCCUUCUGCGCCCUGUAGAUUUUGGCAAGAAAUUGGUUCCUGGGAUGGUACUUAAGGAGCUUGCUCUUGAGACAUUUGACAAAUAUGGUAACCAUAUGAGAAAAGAUGAGCACAUCAAGCUGACGCUGGAAGGAUUACAUUUACUAGAUAAAGGAGAUUCUUUUUAUAAGGUUGAUGAUCAUGGGUGUGUUAACCUUAGUGGAACUUUGAAAGUAACAGCAGGGUAUGGUAAACUUGUUUCCCUUUCUGUUUUGUCUGGCGAUAAAGUAGUUUUCAAGAAAGAGUUCCAAACUGAUAGGAGAUCGUUGCGAGUUGCAUCCAAGGUACCUAAAGUUUGUGCUGCUGGUUCUCAUUUGGAAGAUGUUGUUUUUGAGGUUAUAAAUUCUGCUGGUGAAGUGGAUGAAGAUAUCGAUAGUGAAGUGGAAGAUGGCCACUCUCAUACCCUUCUGAUAAGGCAGGACUCAUUGAGGGAAGAAGACAAUGUGAGAUACAGCUUCCAUCAUGGACGCUGCAUUGUCCGCUCUAUCCCUCUUCCAGAUAAUGAAGGGCUUUUCUGCUUUGUAGCUAGUCACUCUCGUUUCCACGAGUUGCAGACAAGCAUAGAGGUGCAUGUUGAGAAAGCUGUAAUCCGUACACAUGAACUUACCCAACCUAGAAGUCCCAAGAAAGAGAUUCUGCUUCAUGAGGAUUCAAAUGGUAAAGGGCCAGAAACGGUGUGUCAUAACACCUUUGAUGGAAGAAUAAUGAUCUUCAACGAUUCAUGUGCUUCCAUGGAUCUGGAAGACAGACUACAGAAACUUGGGGAUGAUAUUUGCAGAUAUGGCCUAUGCAUCAGACGAUGCGAUGCUAAUGUGGAGUCACUUAAUAUUAAGCAAUCAAAUAUUGAGCUUGAGAUGUCCAACUUGGGAGCUUUUAUUGGUCUUGAUUCUUUUCACGACUUGGGCUAUGAUAAAGACGUGAUUAUGGAGAAGAUUGAAGGAAAGGCGGACAGUGCAGCUGCUGUUAUACACAAGCUGCUCAGAUCACCAAAACCUGAACAGCUGUAUCUCAAAUAUGCUCAUGACAUACUUGGCGUGGUUGCACUUCUUGGAGAGGUUCGGACCCAUAAGCUUAGCAGCAUGUUUUCAACAUAUCUUGGAGAAGAUCAGAUGCUUGCUGUAGUAUGCAAAUCCCGUGCAGCUGCCAGAGCUCUUGAAAAUUAUCGAAUGGAUGGAAAUGUGAAUUGCGCCAGUGCUCUUGACAUAUUAGCAGCUAAGCUUGGAAUUUCCAUCAAGGGUCGAUAUUUGGUUAUAUGCCUUGAGGAUAUAAGGCCAUAUAAGCAAGGAGUCAGCAGUGAUCCCCAAAGAGAACUUGCUAUUCCACACCCUACUUUAUCAAACAGAGAAACUCCCCCAGGCUUUUUGGGCUACGCGGUUAAUAUGAUAUUCCUUCCUGCAGAAUAUUUGCAGCUUAGAACUGCUUCAGGUCAUGGUCUAAGAGAGACAUUAUUUUAUCGUCUGUUUGGUAAGCUUCAAGUCUACAAGUCUAGAGAGCAACUUUACAUGGCAAGUUCCUGCAUAGAAGAGGGUGCGGUUUCCUUGGAUGGUGGAAUGAUGAGAGGAAAUGGAGUUGUAUCUGCAUCUGUUGGAUCUGAGGAACCAUACAUUCUAUUUCCAGUCAUCUGUCUGGAAAGACAGUUGCUCCUCUCACCUGAGAAAGUAAAAAGAUUGAAGAGAAUCGAAGAGUUGAAGCUGGAACGAAAUCAAUUGCAAGAUCAAAUACAGGAAGAGCUUAGGAAUGAAGCAAAGUACAAGAAGAAGUUGGCCAAAAAGCUCAGGGAUAAAAAGCAGAUUGAUGAUCAGUUGGAACCUUCUCCUGGAAUGUACAGCUCGGACAUGGAUAUCAGUUGUUGAUGGUUUGUUUCUUCCGAGGCUUGUACAUGUAAUUACCUAAAACAAGGCCUCUAUGUUUGUUUAUGCUUUUUUGGAUCAUAUUUUUGUGAAGAAACACAGGGUAGUAUACCGUACAAAUCAACACCUGUAGCUAUCCAAGUAAAUGAAUGCUCAAGGUGUAUCUUUCCCCUAUGGUCUCAGUGUUGGUGGGCAGAGUUACUUUUAAAGUCAUAGGAAUCAUUUAUUCAUCUUUGUUUGGGAAGGAACUAAAGGUGACUCAGCUGCAUCUGGUUCCCUUUCAGAUAUGCUUGUAUGUGACAGUAGGAACAACUACUCAUUAUGUUAUUUUUGA